AUGGCAUCGACGUCGUCUGACCGUCUGGGGAAGAUCACCGGCACCGUGGGGUCCCAUUUGUCCACCGAAUCGUCGCUGGCAGCAGAAGACCCCGCCGUGUCUGACAUCUCACAGAUCGUGCCAUCGUCCACAAACGAGACCCCCGAGGCCUCAAUGGACAAUUUACUAGAGAACUUGUUGAAACAAGGCCACAACCACCACGAGCCGUCAAUUUUGCCGGACGAUUUCAUGAAAACCAUGUCCUCCAUGUUACCAGCAGACCCGGACGGGAAACCCAGCCAAACUGCGCACGAGCAGCCAAAACAGCCCUCAGAGCAGGAAAUCUACCAUAACGAGGUGGAAAAGUUCAAAUUGAGACGGUUCAGGGCCGUGUUCACUGCUAUAAGACUAGUGAGCGUUCUUUUGCUUGUGCGCCUCAAACUUGUUGGGUCCGAGCUGUUCUACCCGUCGUUUGAGCGGCUCGAAGGCGGAUACGGCACACACAGUCUGUGGAACUGGUUCACCAUUCUUGAGUUAGCAUUUUCCGCACUUCCUGGACCCUUGUAUGCGAACGCCGUGUACAGCUCCACAAAAGUGGCUCCGGCUUUGGCAAACUCUAUAGCGUCCUUUCCUGAACUGAUACCACCACAGCCAAUAAGAACCAGGUUCGAGUCCUUGGUGUGCUUUCUGAGCAGUCUGAACGCCUUCAACGAAAUCUCCUUCAACGGUUUGCCCGAAAGACCGCCGGUCUGGUUGACCAACGCCUGGUCCGCUGUAAUCAGCCGGUCACGUGGUCUCUGGAUCGUGGUGUUGGACAGAACAAUGCCGUCGAUCUUGGCCUCUUUGGCCGACUUGGCAAUCGACUCGAUCUCCGGCUCCGUCAGGUCCGGAGCAACCUUCACCAGCACCGGCGGCUUGGACUGCGGGUCGAGCAACUUGCCCGGCAGCUUGUUUCUUUCGGCAACAACCUUGGUGAGCAGAUUGGUCAGUUUCGACUCGUUCUGCAAAUCACGCAGUCCCGGCGUGUUUGGCGACGAGACGUUGAUCACCAGCACGUCGGCGUACUCACCAAACCGCUGA